AAGAAGUGACACCAUACGCUGCAAUUAACACUAACGACUCAGCUCCGAGAAUUCCCAGAAACCAAAAAACACUAUUCAAACAAGCAAACGCAAUUCAACACAAUCUCGACGAAUCAGAAUCCAGGGAUGACCCAAAACCUCCCAAUUUCUUUUCGGAAUUCCUUCAAAAUAUCUUUAUCCAAAUUCCGUAUGCAAUUUCCUUCUCUACCUACUACAUACACAGUACCGUACAGUUUUUUCAAGCAACAUUCACAAAUACAGCCACAAGUCGCUCUCUCAUCGGUGCCCCCACCACUCCACAACCCCUUUGGACCGCAGGCGGUAUCGAUUGCUGCAACUUUUUGAGGAAUCGGGAGCUCCGCCAUACCAACUGAAGCUGCUGCUUCUUCCGCCCACAGUUAGGUGAAAUUGUAUGGACUCAAAGAAGUUUUCGUUGUGUUUGGUUCCAAGCAGAUUCAUUACUUGACCGAUGGGUUCGACAGCAGUCGAUGAUUUCAUGGAAGCUUCAUCUGGGGCUCAUUUCUCUGGUUUUCAUUUAGAGAAUGGUGAUCUAACUGGUUCCGAAGCUCAGCAGCCAGCUAAUUCUGCUGCAGAAAAUGUCAAGCAGCCAUUUGUCAUAGGCGUUGCCGGAGGUGCUGCAUCUGGGAAGACUUCUGUUUGUGAUAUGAUCAUCGAACAGCUUCGUGAUCAGCGUGUUGUGGUGGUUAACCAGGAUUCCUUCUAUCACAAUUUGACACCUGAGGAACUUAAAAAUGUCUCUGAAUACAACUUUGACCAUCCGGAUGCAUUUGAUACUGAUAAAUUGUUGUGCACAUUGGACAAACUGAAACAUGGCCAGCCGGUUGAUGUUCCGAAAUAUGAUUUCAAGACAUAUAAAAGUGAUGUACACACCCGAAGAGUAAAUCCCGCAGAUGUUAUAAUCCUAGAAGGUAUACUCGUCUUCCAUGACAUGCGUAUUAGAGAUGCCAUGAACAUGAAGAUAUUUGUAGAUACAGAUGCUGAUGUACGCCUGGCAAGAAGAAUAAGACGCGACACAGCUGAGAAGGGUAGAGACAUUGACAUGGUGCUCGAUCAGUACUCAAAAUUUGUUAAGCCUGCUUUUGAUGACUUUAUACUCCCCACGAAGAAGUAUGCUGACAUUAUCAUUCCUCGGGGAGGAGACAAUCAUGUUGCCAUCGACUUGAUUGUCCAACAUAUACGCACGAAGCUCGGCCAGCACGAUCUUUGUAAAAUCUUUCCCAAUUUAUAUGUCAUCAAUACCACUUUUCAGAUUCGUGGUAUGCACACACUCAUUCGUGAUUCUCAAACCACCAAGCAUGAUUUCAUCUUCUACGCUGAUCGGCUGAUACGUCUGGUUGUCGAGCACGGGCUUGGGCAUCUUCCGUUUACAGAGAAGCAAGUGAUAACUCCAACCGGAUCCGUGUACACCGGUGUAGACUUUUGCAAGCGAUUAUGCGGCGUCUCUGUCAUCAGGAGCGGUGAGAGCAUGGAGAACGCUUUACGCGCAUGCUGCAAAGGGAUCAAAAUUGGCAAGAUCCUUAUUCAUAGAGAAGGCGACAAUGGUCAGCAGCUUAUAUACGAAAAACUCCCGACAGACAUCUCGGACAGACAUGUCUUGUUGUUGGACCCGAUUCUCGGGACAGGCAAUUCAGCUGUUCAAGCUAUCUCUUUGAUCAUCAACAAAGGCGUGCCGGAGUCGAACAUCAUAUUUCUUAAUCUCAUUUCUGCACCUCGGGGGAUACACGUGGUUUGCCAGCGCUUCCCUCGACUAAAGAUAGUGACUUCCGAAAUCGAAAUGGGCUUGAAUGAAUAUUACCGCGUCAUUCCCGGCAUGGGCGAGUUUGGUGACAGGUACUUCGGCACGGACGACGAUUGAACUUUCUCUCCGGUGUCGGAGGGCAAAAAUAUUUCGAUUUUUUUUUUACAAAUGAACUUGAGACUAAAUGUUGAGUAUUUGCACCUCAGCUGGCUGUGCUCUUUUAUCCUCUUGCCAAAAUGUGCAUUUUAUUUUAUUUAUUGGCUCA